AUGAAGGGUAUCAGUGACAACGACUAUGAACAUGCAAAAAAAGUGUGGAAUGCUAUUACUCCAAAGGGCCCAGAGAAUACCAUGGGUGACUACCACGAUGCUUAUUUAGUGACGGACGUUCUGUUGCUUACCGAUAUCUUUCAGAAUUUUCGCAGCACUAGCCACGCGAACUACAAGCUCAAUUUCGCUCACUUCUACAGCGCACCAGGUCUAGCAUGGAAGGCCGCCCUUAAAUAUACGGGUGUAAAGCUGGAGCUGCUAACGGACCCUGACAUGCUACUCAUGAUCAAACGCGGAAUACGAGGUGGUAUAACCCAAGCUGUACAUCGUUAUGCCAAAGCAAGUAACAAGUAUAUGGGGGAUCAAUACGAUCCUGAUAAGGAGUCGUCAUACUUGCAGAAGAUCGAGAAGCUGGUAUCUGAUAACAAACAUGGAUACAUCUUGGAGGUUGACAUCGAUUAUCCAAAGAGUCUGCAUGACAAACACAAUGAGCUUCCUUUCCUGCCGGAGCGUAAGGUUGUAUACAGGGUCGAUAAACUAAUACCAAACCUCGAGCAUAAGCGAAAAUACGUGGUACACAUCGGGGCUCUUCACCAAGCCCUGAAACACGGGCUCGAGCUUAAGAAAGUACACUGCGCUAUCCAGUUUAAUCAAUCCAUUUGGCUCCGGGACUAUAUAGAUCACAACACCAAGCUGAGAACUGCCGCCAAAAAUGAUUUUGAAAAGGACUUUUAUAAACUGAUGAACCUGAACGUGUUCGGCAAGACCAUGGAGAUUAUUCGGAAUCAUCGCAACAUCAAGCUGGUCACCAAUGACGCUGCCUAUAUAAAGCUUACCAUGCAACCAAACUUUAGGAGCGGUAUUUGCUUCAGUAAAAAUUUGAUGGGUAUUGAGAUGGGUAGGACGGGUAUUAAGAUGAACAAGCCCGUCUAUAUUGGUCAAGCUAUUUUAGAACAGUCAAAAACCGUGAUGUACGAAUUUCACUACGACUAUAUGCAACCCAAAUAUGGUAGUAAAAUACAGCUGUGCUAUAUGGAUACGGACAGUUUCAUUUACCACAUAAAAACAGAGGAUUUCUAUCGGGACAUAGCCGAUGAUGUGGAAACACGUUUUGACACUAGUAUCUAUAACAAAGAUGACAAAAGACCGAAAGCCUACGCAUACAAGAGUCUCACGCAAGACGGUGGUGAUCGCAAAGCCAAGUGUGUAAAACAAGCUGUCACCAAGAAAUGUAUAACGUUCGAAGAUUACGAGCAAUGUCUGAAUGAAGGCAUUGAUAUUAAAAAAACUUGGCGUUGUAUUAAUAACAAAGGUCACAAUAUAUACACGCAGGAAGUCACAAAAAUCGCGCUUAAUAGAGCUGACGAUAAGCGGAUCGUACAAGCUGAUCAAAUAACAACGCUUGCUCAGGGUCAUUAUCGGUUGAAGAAAUAA